AUGUCUGGCCAACAGUGUCUCCGCCGCCUACCAGCUGCCAUGCGCUCUGUGCGAGCUUUGCGCGCAAGCCCCCGAUGCACUCCUACUGCCCGCUCCUACUCGGCUCUCACCAAAGCCAACUCAUCCGGUCUUCUGGGCCAGGCCUCAAGGCGCCCAGCUCAGCUCUCCUCACAGCGCCUAUGCGCUCUCGAGCAGAUAAGAACCUAUGCCGACACCAUCGUCAAGGUGCCCGAAAUGGCCGAGUCCAUCACCGAGGGAACUCUCAAGCAAUGGUCAAAACAGGUUGGCGACUUUGUUGAGCAAGACGAAGAAAUCGCAACCAUUGAGACUGACAAGAUUGAUGUUGCUGUAAAUGCGCCCGAGGCCGGUAUCAUCAAGGAGUUCCUGGUCAAUGAGGAGGACACCGUCACUGUUGGACAGGAGAUUGUGAAGCUUGAGCCUGGCGCGGCGCCAGAAGGUGGAAAGAAGGAAGCCAGCCAAGAACCCAAGGAACCCGCUUCUCAGGACCAGGAGACUUCAUCGCAACCUGAAGGCCAGCAGGAGCAGUCUCAGCCUGAGGCGCCAAAGGAGGAAUCCAAGCCAGCGCCUCCUAAGCAACAAGAGCAGCCCAAGCAGGAAUCGAAGCCUGAGCCCAAGAAGGACUCCAAGCCAAAGGAGGAGCCCAAACCCGCAACCCCCGGCAGCCGUGAGGAGCGUCGCGUCAAGAUGAACCGCAUGCGUCUCCGAAUUGCCGAGCGUCUCAAGCAGUCGCAAAACACGGCCGCUUCUCUGACCACCUUCAACGAAGUCGACAUGUCCUCCAUCAUGGAGUUCCGCAAGCUCUACAAGGAUGAGAUUCUCAAGAACAAGGGCGUCAAGCUUGGCUUCAUGUCCGCCUUCUCCCGCGCUUGCAUCCUCGCCGCGCGCGAUGUCCCCGCUGUCAAUGCUUCCAUUGAGGGCCCUAACGGCGGCGACACCAUUGUGUACCGCGAUUACGUCGACAUCUCGGUUGCCGUCGCUACCGAGAAGGGCCUUGUCACACCCGUCGUCAGGAACGCAGAGAGCAUGGACAUGGUUGGCAUCGAGAAGGCCAUUGCAGACCUCGGCAAAAAGGCACGUGAUAACAAGCUCACCAUUGAGGAUAUGGCCGGUGGUACUUUUACCAUCUCCAACGGUGGUGUCUUUGGCAGUCUGAUGGGCACUCCCAUCAUCAACCUCCCACAAACGGCUGUGCUCGGUCUGCAUGCCAUCAAGGAGAAGCCCGUCGCCAUCAACGGAAAGGUCGAGAUCAGGCCGAUGAUGUACCUCGCCCUCACCUACGACCACCGACUUCUUGACGGACGAGAGGCUGUCACUUUCUUGGUCAAGGUCAAGGAGUAUAUUGAGGACCCCAGGAAGAUGCUGUUGUAG